AGGAAUUUAGGCCAUCGAAAUGUAUUCUUCUCUCUCUUCUUCUUGUUGUAGUUGUAAUUGAAAUUCCCACCCAGUUUUGGUGGUUUGUUUUUGUCGCUUCUCCCAUCCACUUUGUUUUUCUAUCAUGGCUUGUAUUCAUCGUUAAGCCGUGCCAUUAAUGGAUGCCACAAGAAACCGUGGGAGGGGCAGAUUUUUGGCCUGUUUUCGGCCGCUCACCCUCGACGCCACCGACUAUGAUCCCCCUCCGCUCCACUCCUCCCCCGACCGGAAGAAGAAGCUUCGCCGCAGUUUGUCCGCCACCCUCAAGGCCGUCAUCUUUCGGACCACACUGCUGAAGAAGUCCCGGAGCGAAAAUAGCAGAGACGAAUACGCGGAUCGCAGAAUCAGCUUCUCGCCGUUCAGAGGCAAAGGCUUCAUAAAAUCGAAGAAGAAGAACGCGUGGAGUAAACCGCCGCUAGCGCCCGACGGAGGCGUCUGGCCCAGCGCAAACGCUUCGCCGCUAUUCUCAUCGGACGCAAGCCAAACAUCGUCGGUAUCAUCUCUCUCCGGCUCCUCACCAGCGCGGUCGGAAACGGACAGCGUCCAGGGACGCGUCUCCACCGACCAUUUCAAACCGACGACGAAGCGAAGAGCCGUAAAGAAAUGCAGUUACAUCAUGGAGAUAUGUGUGCUUUUGAUGUGCUUGGCUGCAUUGAUUUGGGGGAAAGUUUUUGCGGUAGUGGCUUGCACUUCAGCGUGGUUGUUCAUUGCUCCCAGCGGGAAAGUCGGACGGGCUGAGUCGUACGGGCUGAGUCGUACGAGUUAGGCGACUCGGAGGAGUACAAGAAACGGGUGAUCAUGGAAGGGCUGUUGGAGAGGGAUCGGUCUAGGGUGUUUCAGUAUUGAAAAUUUUCUGGUGAACAAAUUGAAAUUUGAAAAUUGAAAAUUGAAAAUUUUCUUUUUGUACGUAUCAUGUGUUUUCUUUUUGUUUCCAUAAUUAUUGGAUGCUGUCCCUGUUGUGAAGGAAGAGCUAUUAUUAGUGUUUAUGUGAAAGUUUUGUGAAGGGGCUAAGCAAAGUUUAGCUCAUUUGUAGUUGUGAUGCGUUCUGGUGUUCGAGUAUCAAUAAUUGUACGUGAAUAUAAUCUGUAUAAUAUAUGUUUGAUCUCGUCUGAACCAAUAUGUUUCUUUUUUUU